AACACAACGCGGUAACUCGCACACCGUAUUAAAUAUCCUGACGCACCGUUCGACUGUUUAUCCUUAAGAUGUUUUCAUUAUAUUUCAUUACUGACAAAAUAUCCUACCAAUAUAGCGGAAUGUAGAUCCCCACCUUGUUGCAAACUUGUGGACUUUUUUGGACUCCAAAAAAGAAGACAUCGGUGAUUAAAAGUGCAACUGAUUGUUAAGAAACUGUUUAACUUUUUUCUUGCAAUCGUGUAUUUGCUUUAUAAAGUUAAACGAGUGAGUCGUACAAACCAAUUGACUUUGAGACUAUGCUGAGUUCUUUUGUGGACCGUGGAGAAUCCCAGCAUCUUUCGACCCCCGGGGUGGGCUACCCUGACAGCGGAAUGCUACAAAACCAACAGUAUAACUACUAUAAUUCCCAGUCUAGUGGAUACCCUGUGUCCUAUUCCAACGUCGGGAACUUAGCGUCUAGAGAUCUGUUGAUAAGGAGAUCUGAAUUCGGACUGUCAGCUAAUGAUGGGAACGUUUCCGCUCGUUCCGGGAUGCUAUUUCCGGCUUCAUCCGGAUUCCCGCCACAGCAUCAUCAGGAGGUUUCCCCGCACGUGCUUUACCAGGGACUCCGUCCCGAUGUGUCGUCAUAUCACAACCCACGUCAUCAGCAUGUGCAUUCACAAUCCGGGUAUUUCAAUAUGCCGUCAAGCGGAGGGGAUAUGUAUGGACGUAGUGACCAAAUGAGCUUCAAUGCUUCGGGUAGGAUGGAUCAAUAUGAACAUGCCCAGCAGCAGUUUAUGAACCCCAUGAACAUGUUACAAAGUGGUCCGGGACUCUUCCUUCCGUACAUCGGAAGACCAACCAUUAAACAGGAGAGAACAUGCCUGUGGGUGGACCCGGAACAGUCGGACCCCAAGAAGCCGUGCAACAAAGUAUUUUACACAAUGCAUGAGAUUGUGAACCACAUUACUAUAGAUCAUGUCGGCGGUCCAGAACAGACCAAUCACACGUGUUAUUGGCAGGAGUGUGCACGAGAAUUCAAACCUUUCAAGGCAAAGUACAAGCUCGUCAAUCACAUCCGGGUCCACACCGGAGAAAAACCAUUCCCGUGCCCAUUUCCGGGAUGUGGAAAAGUGUUUGCUCGAAGUGAAAACUUAAAGAUUCACAAGAGAAUACACACAGGUGAAAAGCCGUUUAAGUGUGAGUUUGACGGAUGUGAUCGCAGAUUUGCAAACAGCUCGGACAGAAAAAAGCAUUCCCAUGUCCACACGAGUGAUAAGCCGUAUAAUUGUCGGGUUCGGGGUUGUGAGAAAAGUUACACGCAUCCAAGUUCUCUCCGGAAGCACAUGAAGAUCCAUGGCGAUGUUUCCCCAACGAUGGAGCGCCAGGACUCUGACGAGGUGUCCGUGUGUAGCGAGAGCACUAACCGAACCACUCCGUCCGCAGAUCACUCCGCCAAAUCCCCGGCAAUGAGCGAUCAGACCGUCGAUAGAAAACCGGAUAUCAAUACCAUAUCCGGCGCAUCACAUUUGGAUCAUAACAUUCAUCCGCCACCGGAAGUUCCAAAAAUGAACGACUGGUUUGUUUGCCACCCUCGGACAUCUGUGAAUCCCGGGAGUAAAGACCACACCCACUUUUCCAGCAUUGCCUCCCUUUCUUCGUUCCAUCCAAUGCCCAUUAUGCAAUAUUCGUGACAUAAAUGUGACUUAUAUAUCAGGGACAUUUAAGUUAUUUUUCUGUUGAAUUUACAUAGCUAAAUAGGUCUUUGGUGUUUUUGAUCAUCAGUUUGUGAAGUUUUUUAUAUGGUGGUAUAUAUACGUGAAUAAAAAAUCUUAUUGACAAA